AUGUGGGAUGUAUGGAAUGAGUCGUUCUGGUUACCAGAGAACGUCUCGUGGACGGACAUGAAAGACUCUGAUAGCAUACAUUAUCCUCAUGUUGCUGACCUCAUCUAUACUGUUGUAUUUGGUUUUGCACUAUUGACAAUACGGCUCGUUUUGGAAUCAUUCGUCUUCCUUCCAAUCGGAUGGUUGGGAGGAUGGAUUUGCUCACCUUUACUACCACGCAUUUGGAUGCAUAUAACAGGGAAGUUAUUAGGCACUUUAUUUAAUCAAGAUCAUUGA